UUAUAUCCGGUUUUAAGCGCGCCUUUUUUGACAAGAACAUGACCAUCAACAUGAAGACAGUUGCAUAUUCAUAAUUAUAUUGAAAAGUCUUAAUAUACAAAGUAAAAAUGGAAAGUCUGAUUGACGAGGCCGAGGAUGGGAAUGUGAGCAAGGCUGCUGAAUUGCUUUCCAGCAUAAAAGAUGAAGAGAUCAUUGAUGUUAUACAGAAAAGAUUAUGCAAAGAAAAAGGAGAUGCUGUUACUGCUUUAAGGACUGUAUUGCAAGCUGCAGCAAGUGCUUCAGAAAAGAGAAAGAUCUGCACUGCACUGUAUAAGAGAUGCAUAGAGAUCCUGGAAAAAAAUGAACUGUCAAGUAAACUAGCUUCUAAUCUCACAGGGAUGCUGCUUCUUGAGACAGACUUGCUUCAGAACAGUGCCCUGGCAGAAAUCUGUUCUUUGUUUAUAGACAUGGUUAAAAGUGGAUCCAUUCAGUGUGGAAAGGGUCUAGCUCUGUUGCCCAAGAUCCUGUCAGUCAUAGCCUUGGAGGAAACGGUAUCAUAUGGUGAGAGUAGUUUAAAUGGAGAGAAGUACAAAAGUCAUGUCAUCAAUAGCCUCUGCUCUUGCAAAUGGAAUUCCCAAAGUGUUUUGCACUUAGCUGGGAUGUUUAAGGACAUUGCUCUAACCAAUGAAGAACUCCGAUUUGUUCUGGAGAAGAUCAUAAGGAUGAUGAAAGAGUUGGAACUGACAGACCUGCCCUCUCUAGUGUAUCAACUCCUACUUCUGUCCACAAAGGGUCACAAAAAACUGGUGAUCGAUGGUGUCACAAAAUAUUUCAUAGAGCAAGAUGCUAGACAUAAAGACCAUGAUCCAAAUGAAUUCAGUGAGGACCUACUGGAGGGAGAUAAUGCUAGCAUUGAGACCCUGAGACAAACCGAGGGCACCAUUAUACUACACAUUAAUUUUGCUAUUAGUAUGGAUCAGGAACUAGGCAGAGAGUUCAUCAAGUUUCUCAAGGGUAACCAGUUGGACACCUCCAAGGUUCUGGCUCCCUUUGUUCUGGCUCUGUCCCUCUCCCUCUCCAGGAUCCACAGGUUCGAAGGCCAGAUAUUUGAUUUGUUGAAAGCGACUAUUAUGAAAAGCUUCAAGGACAGUGACAAACAGAGACAGUCUAACUGGGUGCGGGAGGUCGUUCCUGAUAUCUGUCAUAUACAGGACUACGUUCUUUCUACAAUACAGAACAGUAAACAUGGUUGGGACCAUGUGGUACAGGGCUUGGUUCAGCUUGGGUUUGGAUUAAUGGACGCCUAUGGUCCUAAAGGAGCUUUUGGGCGAAUAGAGACGGGGAGCAUUCAGACCGGUCCUUCCCAUGAAGCCUGUCAGCUCGGGAGCAAGAUCCUCCUCCACACAUUCAAAGCUCAUGAUAUGGUGAAAGCUGAAAUUCUGGAGCAGAUUUUCAACAGAGUUGUAACCAAAGCAACUGCACCAGUCAGUCAUUAUCUAGAGCUCCUAUCUAGCACAGUAAUGGCAGCCCCUCAGAGACUGCUUGAAUCGUCCACCAAAGUGCGGGAGAUGUUUGAUUACCUAGCUCUCCUCACGCCCGCGGCGGCGGAGGGGUUACUGAGGGCCAUUCACCCCCUACUGAAGCUCAGCAUGUCUCUGAGAGACUCUCUCAUUCUGGUCCUCAGGAAAGCCAUGUUCUCAAGGCAGUUGGAUUCCAGAAAGAUAGGAGUCUUUGGGUUUUUAAUGAUUUUGAAAAAUUUCCGCAUCCUUGGUGGACUGCCCUCAAGCCAAGCCAGCCAACCUUUCUCAUCCAGCCAGAUGGAGAAAAUCAGAAAACUCUCUGAGGUUCAAGUUGAUGUUCAUGCCCGCUACAACCCUGCCAGCAAUGAGGCUUUGUGUUUAGAAAUUAUGGGAAACCUUCGAAGAGUCCUGACUCAGCAAGCUGACGUUAGACUAAUGUUUUAUCAGGGAAUUUAUGAAGCCUUAUGUAAGAAUACACAGAUAAUGGGCUCUGUCCUUGAGAUUCUACUGUGUCAGCUAAAGAAGUACUAUGAGCCUGCGGAGGAUGUGAACCCCCCAGUCAAGUUAGAGCUGUGUAUCACGGCCCAGGGAGACCAGAUAUAUCUAUCAGAACCCCUGGCCCACCUGAUCUGCUGUAUACAGCUCUGUUUGGUAAAGGUCAGUGACAUCCGUCGACAACAGAAUUUGGACCACAAUGACACGGUGAUGGAAGACUCCAACCAGACUCAGCAGGAGCUGGAAGAGAUGAUGGACUCCCUCGUCACCAGGAUGAUCAAGUCCGAGAUGGAAGACUUUGAACUGGAUAAGUCAGCUGAUUACUCUCUGACUAACAGUGUGGGGGUCAAGAACAACAUCUUCUCUAUCCUGGUGUUGGGGAUCUAUGAAUCCCUGAUGGAGUACACCUUCCACUCGGGAGAAUACAGUGAGUCUAGCUUGCAGCAAAUCUUACAUUUGCAUGAGAAUUACAAGAAAUUGAGUGAAGUUUUGAAAGAGAAGUCUAGUUCUGCUGCAGGGAAAAAGGGCAAAGCCCCCACAGGUGGCAAGACUGCGCUGAGUCUGCUGUCUCUUCAGGGGACCACCGAGAUAAUGAGAGCCCUGAUCAGUGAAACUGCACCAAGUUUAACAGAAAACUUGAAGAUCCUGAGAGAAGACGUAGAUUUCCGGAGACAUAUUGUGAACGUGGCCCUUCAGAAGAUUCAGCAGGUGCAGGAAAAGGGGGCAUGUGAUGGGGCAGAAGGCGGGGACAAAAACAAGGUCCUCCAGCACCUCAUCACUCUGGCCAAAAUAUUCAUCACUUAUUACACAGAAAACCAGAGACCUGAUGAGGAGGGGAAGAGGGAUAGGACUAAGUACAUCAGUGGCCCCUGUUUGGAGGGUCUGGUGGGGAUAAUGACCAUCAUAUCCCAGCGCUACACCCACCAGUUCUGUCAUUGUCUCUGUGAAAUGGUUGAUGCUGAUGAAUCUGACGAUCCUCAGGAAGCUAUCUACAGUCAUAUUAAAAAGUACCAGCGACUGGUCAUGAACAUUUUGAAAUCAGAGGGUGAGGAUAAAAACAUGAAGGAGGUUCAGCUGUUGUUGGGGAUUGUUCAGGUUCUGUGUCGACAGCUGUACAGCACCGGUAACCAGUUCCAGAGGGUUUUGGAGUGGGUUCACAAGCUCUGUACAGAGCAGAGUAUUGAUGACAUUCCAACCUGCAAGCUUUUGUUCUCAAUGUUGAUGACCUUCACUCAGCAGAUCAAGAGUUGUCCCCCUUUGUUACGGGACCUGUCCCAGGACAUACACAGCCAGCUAGGGGACAUUGAUCAGGAGACACAAGUGGAGGACAAGACCCACUUUUCGCUGGUGACACACCGGACGGCGGCUCCCGUGGUGCUGAGUCUGGUUCUACAGCAGGUGGAGAGAGAGCUGGACGACUCGGAGUGGGUGAUGGGCCGGCUGAGGGCGGAGUCUGCCCAGACUAGCGAUGAGGUGGAGGUGGAGCUAACCCAGAGGGAGGGACAUGAGAGGAGCGUGUGUACACGGCUGGGUAUACUGGUGACCGCCUUCCAUGAACUCCUCCAGUCCGCCAUCCCUGUGGGGGCGUGUAUGGAGAGCAUCGUCAAACAGUCCACCAGGUUAUACGGAACCCUCACCAUCCUGGUCAAAUAUUAUUUGAAUCUUUAUCAGCAACGCACUGGCCAUCUGUCAUCAAGGUUUGAGAAGCUGAUCAAGCUGACAGGUACACACCUGACCCAGUUCUGCUAUGGAAUGAUCACCUACAUACAGCAAACUGAAAGUGAGCAAGUACAACAGAACGUAGACAAAGGGAAGAAAGACAAGAAAAAACAGGCAGCCGCUUUGAAUGCUGGGAAGGCACGUGUUUUAAAGGAAUCAAGGACCAUUCCAAAUUUGAUAUUCUCCAUUGAAACGUUUGAAAAAUUUCUGAUUCAACUGUCAAAAAAAUCCAAGGUGAACCUUAUGGAGCACAUGAAGAUGAGCACUUCACGAGAUUUUCGCAUCAAUGUAGCCACAGUACAAGCUGUAAUGGAGAACGACUCUGAUUCUGAAGAGUCUGAGGAGGAGACUGAAGAAAAUGAUACAACAACAGCCGACCAGGAAAUGGAGGAGGAGGAGUCUGAGGAACAGGAAAAUGUUGCUCCUGCCAACAAACGCCCUGCAGAACCUAUAGAACCCCCUCCUGCUAAAAAGUCAAAACUUGGGAAAAAGACAGGCAAAGUGUAGAAUUUUUACUCUAUUGUUCUCGACUUAAAUGUUUUGUUAUUGCACACAUAUUGCAGACUUGUACAUAUGUAGUUUGUUAUGUAUACCUGUGCCAAAUAUUACAUGCUUUUUCCAUGUAUCUGAACUUUAAUUCUAGAAUUAAAUAUUGAUGUUGUCA